AUGGCAGCGCAGAGGAUCCGGGCGGCCAACUCGAGCGGCCUGCCGCGGUGCAAGUCGGAGGGCACGCUCAUCGACCUCAGCGACGGCUUUGCCGAGACCAGCCUCUGCGAUGUCAAAGUGCCUUCUCCUAGUGCCUUGCUGGUUGACAAUCCCACGUCCUUUGGAAAUGCGAAGGAAGUAAUAGCAAUCAAAGAUUACUGUCCGACUAAUUUCACCACUUUGAAGUUCUCCAAAGGGGACCACCUUUAUGUCUUAGACACAUCAGGAGGCGAGUGGUGGUAUGCUCACAACACCACAGAAAUGGGUUACAUCCCUUCCUCCUACGUCCAGCCUGUAAACUACCGCAACUCUUCCUUAACGGACAGUGGGAUGAUAGAUAAUCUACUGGAGAGCCCUGACGAGGGAGUCAGGGAGUUAGACCUGCUUGGAGAAUGGACUGAUGUGAAAAGAGACUCUGCAAAACCCUAUAAUAACAACCCGUUCUUGAACGGAGUGCAGACGAACCCGUUUCUGAAUGGGAAUUUGCAAACAGUGCCCAGCUUGGACAAAGAGUCCAACUCCAACGUUGCCGUGGACUUGCUGCUCUUGGACACGGGAGCUCCUACUUCAGCUGUUUCCAGUUUGGCUGCUAAUAGCAGUUUGGGUAACAUUUUUGAUGAGUUUCCAUCCUCAAACAGACUGGAUCUGGAACAGCCUGUGAAAAGGGACAAUCCCUUCUUCAGAAGUAAACGCUCCUACAGUUUGUCUGAACUGUCUGUUCUUCAGGCCAAGUCAGAUGCUCCGACAUCAUCGGGUUUCUUCAGCGGUUUGAAGUCUCCCACCCCUGAGCAGUUCCAGAGCCGGGAAGAUUUUAGGACGGCGUGGUUGAACCACAGGAAGCUGGCUCGGUCUUGCCAUGACUUGGAUUUGCUUGGUCAAAAUCCCGGCUGGGGUCAGACUCAACCGGUGGAGACCAACAUUGUCUGCAAGCUGGAUAGUUCUGGUGGAGCUGUUCAGCUUCCAGAUACCAACAUCAGCAUCCAUGUGCCAGAGGGUCACGUGUGCCCUGGGGAAACGCAGCAGAUCUCCAUGAAAGCAAUGUUGGAUCCGCCGCUGGAGCUGAACAGUGACAAGUGCAGCACCAUCAGCCCGGUGCUGCAGAUCAAACUCAGCAACAUGGAGGUGAAAACCUUCAUCAUUCUGGAGAUGAAGGUAUCAGCUGAGGUCAAGAAUGACAUCAUGAGCAAGAGUUUGGUAGGACUGCAGUGCCUGCGGAGUGACAUGAAAGAGGGGCCGUACACCCCAAUGCAGUUAAGCUAUUCAUAUGGGGACACAAUUCAGGUGCAGCUGGAGAACCUGGAGCCUUGCAUGUACAUUGCAGCCGUAGCCCAGGGGCAGAACAUCCUCUACCCUUAUACCGUUUGGGAUUACAUCAGCAAGAAGAUCACAGUUGGUGUUUACGGCCCAAAACACAUUCACCCUUCCUUUAAAACUGUCGUGGCCAUGUUCGGCCACGAGUGCGCACCCAAGACUCUCCUGGUGAAUGAGGUCACAAGACAGUCUCACAGUCCGGCUCCUGUCGCCCUCCAGCUCUGGGGAAAGCAUCAGUUUGCUCUGUCCCGGCCUCAGGACCUCAAGCUCUGCAUGUUCUCCAACAUGACCAACUACGAGGUGAAGGCUAGCGAGCAAGCCAAAAUUGUGCGGGGCUUCCAGAUGAAGCUGGGCAAGGUCAGCCGCCUUAUCUUCCCCAUCACGUCCCAUGACCCCAAUGAACUCUCAGACUUCACGCUAAGAAUACAGGUCAAGGAUGACAAGGAUGCCAUUUUGACCCAAUUCUGUGUCCAGACGCCGCAGCCACCUCCAAAAAGUGCCAUCAAACCAACGGGGCAGAGGCGGUUCCUCAAGAAGAAUGAGGUUGGAAAGAUCAUCCUUUCACCUCUGGCUGCCACCGCCAAGUAUCCAGUUUUUCAGGACCGGCCAGUGUUGAGCUUGAAGUAUGGCAAGCUGCUGAAGACUGUGGUGAGGCAAAGCAAGAACCACUAUUUGCUGGAGUACAAAAAAGGAGACGUCAUAGCCCUCCUCAGUGAGGAGAAGAUCAGGUUAAAAGGACAGCUAUGGACCAAGGAGUGGUAUAUUGGCUACUACCAGGGAAAAAUAGGCCUUGUGCACACCAAAAACGUGCUGGUGGUUGGGAAGGUCAAGCCCAGCUACUUCUCUGGGCCAGAUCUCACCACCAGCCUGUUGCUUGAACAGAUCCUGAGGCCUUGCAAAUUUCUGACCUACAUCUACGCCUCUGUGAGGACUCUGCUCAUGGAGAACCUCAGCAGCUGGCGGUCCUUCGCUGAUGCACUGGGAUACUUGAACUUGCCACUCACAUUUUUUUGCCGAGCGGAGUUGGACAGUGAGCCGGAGCGAGUGGCCUCUGUCUUGGAGAAGCUGAAGGAAGACUGCAACAACACUGAAAACAAGGAGAGGAAAUCUUUCCAGAAGGAACUGAUGACGGCUCUGCUGAAAAUGGACUGCCAGGGGCUGGUUGUCCGGCUCAUCCAAGACUUUGUGCUGCUGACCACAGCCGUGGAGGUGGCCCAGCGCUGGAGGGAGCUUGCUGAGAAGCUUGCCAAAGUCUCCAAGCAGCAGAUGGAUGCCUAUGAGGCUCCACACCGGGACAAGACAGGAACAGUGGACAGUGAGGCCAUGUGGAAGCCAGCGUAUGACUUCCUUCUCACCUGGAGCAGCCAGAUGGGUGACAGCUACCGUGACGUGAUCCAGGAGCUGCACACGGGGCUGGACAAGAUGAAGAACCCCAUUACCAAGCGCUGGAAGCAUCUCACUGGCACCCUGAUCCUCGUGAACUCCUUGGACAUGCUGCGGGCAGCUGCCUUCAGCCCACAAGACCAUGAGGAUUUUGCCAUCUAG